AUUUGUUUAUUUAUUGCUGAACGCUCGAUAAGUGCGUGCGACUAUAAUUUUGAACGUACGGUUCCAUUUACAAUUGUUAACACUUAAAUUCAAUUGGUGUUUGUGGACUUUUUGGAGCUCAAGUGCGUUUUUGUGAUAAAGUCGCUGAGUGUUUUUGAAAUCAAGUGAAAUAGUUACCCGAGGUACCUUCAAAAUGUAUGAAAUGGAACUUCAAGCCUGCAACAAUAAUAUAGGAGAAAAAAACUUCGAACUGACUGAAAUCCAAGAGUUCUACAAUGAUGCCAACAUUUUCAUCACAGGAAGCACUGGGUUUCUGGGAAAAAUUCUUCUAGAAAAAUUACUUCGAUCGUGUCCGCACAUAUCCACACUUUACCUUCUUGUCAGGAACAAGAAGGGAAAUGAUAUGGAUACAAGAGUCAACCAGAUAUUCGAUGACAAUAUUUUCGAUUUGAUGAAGAAAGAACGUCCCAAAUUCAGGCACAAAAUUGUUGGAAUUUCUGGUGACUGUUCUCUACCAGAUUUGGGCCUUUCUAUGCAAGAUCGAAAGCUGCUCAUGGAUGAGGUGAACAUCAUAUUCCAUGUUGCCGCCACAGUACGAUUUGAUGAAAAACUCAAAACUGCUGUUGCCAUCAACGUUAGAGCAUCUCAAGAAAUGCUUCUUUUGGCCCACCAAAUGCCAAAACUCAAGUCUUACAUACAUGUUUCAACAGCUUUUUCAAAUUGUACGUCAAAGAUAAUAGAAGAAAAGUUUCAGCCCACGUCGAUAGACUACAAGACUUUGAUUAUUAUGUCGGAGACUUUAUCCGAUAAAAUGAUGGACAGUCUGACACCAAUCAUACUUAACAAAUACCCCAAUACAUAUGCCUUCACAAAACAGAUUGCAGAAGAUGUUGUGAGGCAAUGUGGAGCAGGUCUUCCAGUAGGCGUAACGCGACCUUCGAUUGUUGUUUCUACCUACAAAGAACCCAUCAGAGCGUGGAUCAACAACAUGUAUGGAGCAACAGGAGUCGUGACUGGCGCUGGUGUGGGACUUGUGAGAACUUUGCAUUGUGAUCCUGAUAGUAAUGCCAAUAUAAUACCUGUAGAUAUGUGUGUCAAUUCCAUGAUUUCUACGGCAUGGGACGUUUGCAAACAGUUCCAAGAAGCCAAGCAACAAGGAAAAAAUUUUGAAAUACCCAUUUACAAUUACGAGUCCAGCUGUAGUAAGCCAAUUACCUGGAGAUAUUUCAUGGAUUCAUCUAUUCGAUACGGAAUGAUUACCCCAACUGUUAAAGCAAUUUGGUACUUCAGUUUAGGAUUGCAGAAAUAUUACAUUCCUUACCUUCUCAGUAUAUUCUUUCUUCAUACGUUACCUGCUGCCUUCAUAGAUGGAAUACUUUUACUCUUAGGAAAAUCACCAAAGAUGUCUAAAGCUUAUAGAAAAAUCCACAAAUUCACCAACGUAAUAUCCUACUUCGCUACGAGAUCAUGGACAUUCAGAUCUGAAAAUGCCCAAAAACUCUGCGACAAAAUGUCUCACAAUGAUAAGGAAUUAUUCUUCAGUGAUCUGAGGAAACUUGAUUGGGAUGAUUUUUUCCAGUAUUAUCUGCAAGGUGUAAGAAUCCACUUGCUGAAUGAUCCUAUUGAAACUUUGGAACAAGCUCAAAUCAAGUGGAGAAGGCUUUAUUGGCUACACCAAUUCGUCAAAACCAUAGUUGGACUCCUAUUGAUGGUUUUAUUGUGGUUUAUAGUAUCCUACCUUUUUUCACAGUGAUGUUUCGGAAUGCCUUUUAUACUGUGAUUGGCACUCGCAAGAUAUUGUUCCAAAGUUUCCUUCUGGGAGUUAUAACCGUGUUUAUAUAGUGAUAUACAUAUUGUAUUUAUUCCAGUUAAAUAUUUCAUUAAUUAUAAGAAUAAA